AUGCCGGAAAGGAGGGUAUCCUGCCUUAGUUUGGAAGCUGCUAAUGCUCUCUCCAUGCAAAAGGAGAGACCAGCUGAUUCACCAAUUGAGACUAAUCAUCAUCUUUGUAGUGGAAUGGGUGAGCCUGUGGAGAAGGAAAGGUACCAAAGACUUGUGGGAAGAGUGAUAUAUCUCUCUCAUACUCAUCCAGAUAUUGCCUAUGCAGUUGGAAUAGUGAGUCAGUUUAUGCAUGAUCCUUGUGUACCUCAUUCGGAUGCAGUUUAUCGCAUUUUGAGGUAUCUUAAAUCUGCCCCUGGAAAAGGAAUUUUGUUCUCUAAUCAUGGUCACUUGAGGUUGGAAGCAUUCACAGAUGCAGAUUGGGCAGGCUCUAUAGAUGACCGACGCUCUACAUUUGGUUAUUGUGCUUUUGUAGGGGGAAAUCUAGUCACAUGGCGUAGUAAGAAGCAGGGGGUCGUUUCUAGAUCUAGUGCUGAAGCUGAAUACAGGGCUAUGCACAUGGAACAUGUGAACUAA